AGUGGGCUGAAAGCGGGGCCGCCGCUGGCCGCUGACUCAAUCGGAGAGCAACCUUGACGGCCUUAACACCGAACAUUGCCCCUGCCCUCUCAUUCUGAACUGUGAAACGGCCAUGCCAUAUCCUUUUUGAACUUAAUUGACUCUUAAAACCUUGAAUUUACCUAGCUAAAUAUCUCUAUAAAUGUACCUAUCUAGCAAAAUAUGUGAAGAUACAUGUUUUCAAUCCCCAAACUUCCAAAUUUAAUCCCAUCACCUUUAGGUGAAUGAUAAUUCCCGGUUCUCCUUUUGAUGAUUCAUACUCCCUAGGUCUCAACAGUCUAAACGGUGAACCAGUCUCUGAUAAGAUAAGCGAUAAGAUAUAGGAGUGGUUGUCUCAUACAUGCAUGAAUGCUUCCGUUCUUGGGAUAAAUCACACGACCAGCCGUCCGUGCUGUUUUGAUAUUGGCAACAAUAAUUUGGACUGGGCGAUCCUCUCAAUUGGAAUCAGGAACCUUGGGAUGAUAGCGCAAAUUCGAAUCAAACAGGUCGAGGAGUUCCAGCGAGUUGGGGUUCUCUAGAUGGGUAGCAUUCUUGGGAUGUCGUCAUAUACCGUUAUUCUGCAAACAGCUGCGUUGUGCGUUUUCUUCGCCUCCGGAGGCUUUGCAGAUGCUAUAUUAUUUCUUGCUUUACUCUGUGGAACUGGCCUCCCUGGCCUCAAUCUCCGCGAAACCUCUCAUACUCGAAAAACCGAGAUAUUCGUGUUGGCAGCUGCAACAUAUAUAGCCUUCUUGGCCUUUUCUAGGUAUGCAAGGCGGACUAGUCGAGUGGUAGACCUGUCGGUAUGGGAUGGCCCGGGGCGGCCUUUGUUGUUCCCUUGUAGGACAACACAUACUAGGUUUUUCCCGAAGAAACACUCUUUCGAUUAUUCGUAUCUUUUAGUCGGAAUCCCCAUCGGUUGGUCUGGUACCGCUGGUGGUAUGAUAUCAAAUGACCAAAAUGGCACAGGAGCGAGAGGCUGGUAUAAAGUUGCUGCUGCUGAUUAUCUCGAAAGAGGAAACGGCCACCUCGGGUUAAGAGGAAAAUUGGAUGCUUACCUUAAAUCUCAAAAUGUUGAUGCUUCUCAAUACCCAUAUGCAUAUUUAGUUACUGCGGCAAAAUUUCUGGGUUACCAUUUCAACCCUGUGUCUUUUUGGUACCUUUACUCUGCCGAGAAACGCUUGGCGGCGAUAAUUCUUGAAGUUAAUAACACAUUUGACGAAAGACGAAUGUACUUCUUGACAGCUGAUAGCACAGCUGAAUUGGCGGAAGCAUCUGACAACGGUUCCUCUGAAGGAGAUACUGAGAAUCGCCAACCUGAUGAUCCAAAGCCGAUUCGGAAAACCUGGAAGAAGGAUUUCCAUGUGUCUCCCUUUAACUCUAGAAAAGGAGCAUAUUCGGUGGUUGCGUAUGAUCCUCUAUCCUCAAAUAUGGAAGGGCGAGGUCCGAUUAAUUGCACGAUAAAUCUGAUAUCCUCCAAGGAUAACGCGAAAUUAGUCGCCCGCAUUUUCUCAGAUGGCGAUGCCAUUGAUCCCACGGAGAUGACUCUUUUUCAAAAAUUUAAAUUCUUGACCUCUUGGUGGUGGGUCGGCUUCGUCACUUUCCCCAGAAUCGUGAAAGAGGCGGCGGUCUUAUUCUUCAAGAGAGGCCUUCAUGUCUGGUACCGACCGGAACCGCUCAAGUCGAGCAUUGGGAGACACGCUGAUCAGACGGAACGUCAACUUGAACCGUUAUUCAGAAGAUAUUUAAAACAUCUUGUCGAAGAGUCGCGUGACCCAUUAAUCGUAAAGUAUAUUCCUAGCGGCAUCCCAGACGCGCCGGUCGAAACGAUGAUGUCAAACCACAAUGAGGAAAACCAGCGCCUUGCUGAAACAAUGGAAUUCAAGAUCUUAACCCCGGAAUUCUAUUCACGAUUUGUUCAUUACGCUCAUGAUUUCGAGGCCGUAUUUUCCGAGCUGAAUGAGAGCCAUACUAUAUGGGUGUCGGAGCCGGGAUUAUUGCUAAAGCUAUUUGUUAAGCCAUUGUUACCGACGCCACUCCAGAUCACGAGUUAUUUGGAUUACGGCUAUUUUACACUCAUAAAGAAGCUACGGCGGAGACCCGAACGAAUUGAACGACCCCUAACUUCGAGCCAGACUAGCACUACCGCUCCUCGAGAAGAUAUUCGAGGCUUUCGACUUUCGUCCAUGGAUGGAUAUGUUUUGGCUCAUGAGGAUAAUGAGUCACGAAAAGAGUACCGUUCAGCGAUAUUAAGGUUAUUCAUUGCUGAAAGGAUUGCUCUGGGAAAUGUUGAUAUACUCCGGUUCGAAACCCUCACUCUUCAGCUGUUGCUGGCUUGGGCGUGUUUAAGGGGUUCAUAGUUUUCGGACGAUAGCCUCCACCUUUACCUGAGCUCGCUUGUCGUUUCAAGGGUAUAUUUGUAAUACCUCCCAGAAUCACCCUGUCGUAAAGUUCACACGAGUUUGACGUUGCAUUAAUCCUGUGCAUCAGCCAACAUGUUCACCAAUAGGAGGCCGAAUAGUCGGUAUGUGAUUUGAGUUGUAUCGAGAAGCAAAGAUGUCAAGA